UCAACUGCUCCAGAAAUCAAAUCCUGCUGCCUCGUUUCAAGACUCUUAUUGUACAGUGUUGUGUGGAACGCAAAAAUGGCGGUGCAUCGCGAUGGCCUAAUAGAUGAGGAAGAUAACGAAGAAGAGAAUGCUCUCUUCGAAGAGGACGGUUUUGACGUACUCGAUUCCGAUACUCCUCCUCACCUCCGGGAACUUGCCCUCGCUGCUCAAGUCGGCGACGUCGAUGCCCUUCGUCGAGCUCUAGAUAACUUGAACGGUAACAUUGAUGAACUAGUAGAGGACGGGGACACUGCUCUUCAUCUGGUCUGUCUCUACGGUUAUCUACCCUGUGUCCAGCUGCUUCUGGAGAGGGGGGCAAACUUGGAGGCUAAGGAUGAAGAUGGGGCAAUACCACUGCAUGAUGCUUGUGCAGGAGGUUUUACUGAGAUAGUCCAACUGCUGUUAAACAGUGCUAAUAGUGCAGAGUGUGUCAGAAGAAUGCUAGAAACAGUUGAUGCUGAGGGUGAUACUCCUCUUCACCAUGCAGCAAGAGGUGAGCAUGCAGAUGUUAUAAGAUUGCUUCUGGCUUCUGGUGCUUCUGUUACAAAAGCAAACGCUUAUGGAAAGAAGCCAAGUGAGUUACCAGAUCCAGACACAGAAGCCAGGAGAAUUUUGGAAUUUGCUGCUAGUGCUGUUUCAAGCCAGUAGGCUCCGACCAUAUCUGAUAAAGGAGCGGGCUUUAUCUUAGCAUUGUUAGGAGCCACUUUGUUUUUCACCUUGGCUGGUGAUUUUGUUGGGAUCUCUAGUUACGCAGCGUUGUGGAAAGUGGAAACAAAAUGCUUUGCAUGAGGAUUCUCAAAUAUAAAUACAGAAUGAGGAUAUAAAUUAUAAAUAUUUUUAUUAUUGUCA